AUGACAGGAACUCAAAGAGAUCUUGAAGCUUCUAAAGGAGGUUUCAAGUUCGCUUGGCCUUUUCCAAAAAAGAGAACAGCAUUGUACAAAAUGAAAUCUCUCCUGACGAUGGGAUUUGUUUCGUCUGUUUCGAGAAUCAUGUUCUUAGGAGGCAACAAACUAAUAGUUCAUAAAAAGGAGAGGUUCCUCAAGCAGUUAGAGGAUACUUCGAGACCUCUUAUAACUAUUUCUAAUCAUCGAAGUAAUAUUGAUGAUCCAUUAAUGUGGGCAAUGAUAUCCUUUCCCGAACUUCUUCGAAACUUGAACAGGAAUCGGUACACAUUAGCAGCCCAUAAUAUAUGCUUUUCAAAACAAUGGCAUACAAAUAUUUUCUCAUUGGGUCGUUGUGUUCCAUGUGUUCGAGGAGAAGGCGUCUAUCAACCAGGAAUGAAUUUUUCUGUGGAUAUGCUGAACGAAAACGGUUGGGUUCAUAUUUUCCCUGAAGGAAGAGUUACAGCGGAUCCCAUAAGGUUUAAAUGGGGAGUUGGCAGAUUAGUGAUGGAUUCAAUAGCUCCACCAAUCAUAGUACCUAUAUGGUGUCAAAACAUGCAGAAUGUUUGGCCUGUAUAUCCUCCAUACUAUCCUCGAUUCGGUCAUACUGUUGAAGUUCAUGUCGGAGAGCCGAUUGAUACCCAUGAAAUGAGAACCGCUGGUGCUCAUGAAGGCAUUCAUAGAAGAAAGUAUAUAACAGACCAACUUCAAACUGCUCUGUUCGAUUUGGGAGAACGGGUAGGACACGUCGAGAAGGGCACGAGUUUGAAAUUAUUACGAGAAAACAAAGAUUAA